UUCCUACUUCCUCCACUUCCUUCAAUUUUACUGCUAAAAUCGUAGCGCCACCAGAAAACCCCUUCUUCUCUUUCUUUAUCUCUCCUCUCUCUCUCUUCGCAUCUUUCUCUGAAACUCACAAUCACUCAAUUAAAACCCAGUAGACAACUGUAAUGGGCUUAUGGCUUUUGGUGGAUUUUUUGCGGGGAUGAAGUGGGUAUGACGCGGGAGCGGGGGUGAGUCUAGAAUUCCUCCGCAAUGGAUGGUGGAGCGGGGAUGGGGAUGAAAUCUUUCCCCGUAAUGGGUGGUGGGGCGAGGAUGGGGAUGAGAAUUUAAUGCGGGUGCGGGUGUGGAUACCAUCCUCCACACCUCAACUUUCUCCUCUUCUCUCUCUUUCUCUAACCUUUGGGCUCCUCUGUUUCUCAGUCUAACGUUCUUUUUUUCUGGCUCCCUCAUACUCUUUUUUUUCUUUUUCUCUGAUGUUUGCUGGACGUACUGCUGCCUGCCGGAGCUCGGAGAAGGAACAUUGCGGUCUGCCGGAAGCGCGGAAUGAACCCAUAUAUAAGGCAAGAGCCACAAAUUCAUCAGUUCUAGUAUAGUUUGCUGGUUUGUGCUGAGUGAGCAUCUCCUGGACUACCUUUUCCUUGGUUUUUCUCCCCUUCUUUGAUACUGGGGCCAUUAUGAAGGAAAAGAGCUUUAGCAUUGCCUUUUGAGAACUUCAUUUGGCUUUGUUGAGAUUCAGAGGAGACUACAAUGCAUCGUCAGUUUGGACGGCUACUUAUCAUAUGCCGAGGAUUUGUACAACACGAUUUGAAAUGUAAAUUAGGGGGAGUACCCCAGUAUCAAUUUCUCAAUGCUCCUACAUGUUUUCCCUCCAAGUUGGUCAGAUUCCGUGCUUUCCACCUUGAAGAAGUUUCAGUUUUAACCAAUCAAGAAACUGAGUUCCAAGAACUAAAUGAUUCGAAAGAGCAAACUAUCAACAUUGAUAGGAUUGCUUUAAAGGCUCAGAACUUGGUCAAAGAGUUCUCAAAUAGCUCAACUGAAGAGCUUGUUCAAGCUCUUGAUAGUAGUGGACUUUCUUUAAGUGAGAAUCUUGUCCUUGAUGUUCUUAGACGACUUCAAUCUGAUUGGAAGUCAGCAUUUCAAUUCUUCAGCUGGGUGUCUAAUAAUCCAAGUGGGUCUUUCCUAGGGAUUAAGGCUUACAAUGAAAUGCUUGGAAUACUGGGCAAGGCAAAGCGGUUUAACGAACUCGACCAAUUAUUUGACGAUAUGUUUAACAGAGGAAUCAUGAAUGAGAGGUCAUAUGGGAUUGUGGUUCAUCGAUAUGCUGCUGCUCAUAAGAUUGAUGAUGCAAUUGACUUCUUCUAUAAGAGGAAGCAGUAUGAGCUUAAGGUUGAUUUAAUUGCUUUCCAAACACUUCUUAUGUCUUUGUGCCGGUACAAGCAUGUUGAGGCUGCUGAAUUUUUGUUUCAUUCAAAGAAAGGUGAGUUUCAGUAUGAUACCAAGACUUGGAAUAUUAUUCUUAAUGGAUGGUGUGUGUUAGGCAAUAUACGUGAAACAAAAAGAUUUUGGAAUGAGAUCAUCCGUUCUAGGUGUAGACCCGACAAAAUCACAUAUGGGACUUUCAUAAACGCACUACGCAAGUCCGGAAAAAUUAGUACAGCGGUGAAGUUGUUACAUGCGAUGUGGCAGAAGGGUUGCAACCCUGACGUCGUAAUAUGUAACAGUGUCAUUGACGGGCUGUGCUUUAAGAAAAGGAUACCUGAAGCAAUUCAGAUCAUGCGUGAGAUGAAUGAGAAAGAUUGUGAACCUGAUGUGGUUACUUACAACUGUCUUAUUAAGCACUUGUGUAAGAUUCGAAGGAUGAAUAUAGUGUUCCAGUUCUUGGAUGAAAUGGAGAAGAAGGGAGGGAAUGUUUCCCCAAAUUCUAGAACAUAUAGUCACUUGUUGACAUCUGCAAAGAGUCUAGAGGAAGUUCAGAGUCUGCUAGAAAGAAUGAAAUCAAAUGGAUGUGAGAUGACAGGUGACUUGUAUAAUUUGCUACUUAAGCUGUAUAUGAAUUGGGAUAAUGAGAAACUGGUUCAAUCAACUUGGGAGCAAAUGUCCAACGAUGGUAUGGGACCUGAUCAGCGAUCUUACACGAUAAUGAUCCAUGGUCGGUAUGACCAAGGGAGAAUAGUAGAGGCGUUGGAUUAUUUCAAAGAAAUGACUUCAAAGGGAAUGAUGCCGGAGCCAAGGACGAACUUGUUGAUUGAUGCCAUGAAAAUGAAGAUGAGCGUGAAAGGUGUCGAAUAAUCUAGCAAAUACCAUAUUGUCUGCCAAUGUCUGGAUAGACGAAAGUUGCUGAACAUUGCUUAGGACUUUGUUGCGUAUAACCAUCCUCUGAUAUAUGACUGUUAGGUUUUAGUUAGUUAAUUAGGUUUCUGUAUAUUAAGGUGGAUCUAAAGAUUCUUAGGUACAAUUUUGUAGGCCUGUUUAAUCAUCAAAUAGUAAAAUAGUUUUUCCACCACA